AUGGCUUCUCCACAACGAAACCCCAAUUCCACAACUCAAAACAUCUCACAAUCCAGCCAAGAACAAUGUCACCAGCGUGACAAGAUCCAUCGUAUUAUACCAGAGAAGGAUGUGAACUCCUUGGGAAAAUACGGUGGUGCUCCCAUGGUUGCCGAUGCUUCCAAUUUUGAUAUUGAAGCAGGGCUUCAGACGGGUACAGCUCUAAAAGCUGGAUUGAAACAAGUCGAUCCCCCAAGUUUCCCCAGCUUCGUGUUGGAGGAGUUCAAAAGUGCUACCUUGCUUCCGCUCUUCGUCUCUGCUGUAAUUUGCUUCAUUGCAGGGAUUGUCUCGAAAAACCCUGAUUAUGGCUGGACUGAGGGUGUUGACAUACUGGUUAACAUUCUCAUUCUUGUCUUUCUACCUUCUAUUCAGAAAUACUGUACUGCAAGAAAAGAUGCGAAGAAAAUCAAGUCACUAAAGGUGACAGUAAUAAGAGAUGGGGAGUAUCAAGAUUUGGCUGUCCCGGAGGUGGUGGAGGGUGAUUCAGUUGUCUUAAAGGUGGGAGAUGUCGUUCCCGGCGACGGCUUGCUUGUGUCUGGGAAUGAAUUAGUGAUUGAUGAUAAGUUGGAUUUCCUUAUUGAUGGUAUUAACAAUCCAUUUCUCUUUUCUGGUUCAAAAGUUGUCGAGGGACGAGGCCGCAUGAUCGUUGUGUCUACUGGUUCUAGUACAUCUCUAGGUAAGAUGAUGCUCUUGAAGAACCGCAAUCCAUUUGAAGAAGAACCCUUGUUCCAGGCUCACAUGAAGGAACUUAACAGGACCAUGGAUUAUAUUGUCAUGUUCAUCUACAUCGUGCUUGCUUUGGUCUUAUUUUUCCAGCUCCUUUACACAAGAAACCACCACAAGGACGACCAGAAGAGUGUUCGACCACCCAACUUGAACAAUAAAGUGUCAGCCGAAUUUGUAGAAACUUUGUUCAAGAAGAUCUUGUUGAGAUCGAGAGGUAAAAUCAUCCUUCUGAUCUAUUCACUUACUAUAGUUGAUCUGGGUUUGCAGGGUAUUUUACCUCCGACUAUUUCAGCUUCUCUGAUAUGCUGGAAUAGGAAUCUGAAAAAGAAGCAUCAGAUUCACCAUAAGAAUUUGUAUGCUUGUGGUACCAUGGGAUUGACAAAAAUCAUCGUAAUUGAUGUAUCCAGUGAAUUACUUGUGCCUCAAUGCCCUCGAGAAGCUGCAAAAGAUCUUCAGGAUAAAGGAGUUUCCAUCGUAUUGGUGUCAAGGGAUGAUGAGAAUUUCGUAAGAGCCAUAGCUGACAAGAUCGGAAUACUGCAUACUUCCAGAGAUUUGGUGGUUAAUGGAGAGGAAUUCGACCGAGGUGAUAUCCCAAGGAAUAACAUAAUUUCCAUAAGGAUUAUGUACAAAUCCCAACCAAAGCACACUUUCCUCCUUGUGAAGGCCCUGAGAGAAAAUGGGCACGUGGUUGCUUAUUUGGGGGGCUUGGCAACCCUAGACACUCCAGCUUUGAAGGAAGCAGAUGUUGGAAUUAUUGAAGAACAUAAUAGCUGCGGAUUGGCCAAAGAAUCUUCGGAUUUCACAGUAAAAGGAGAAGGAUCUUUGCUACCACUUCUGACAGUUGGAAGAUUUGUUUAUUCUAAUGUGGGCUCAUUCAUUGAAGCUCUCCACACAACAAGCAUUUGCAUUUUGUUCAUGGCCUUCAUUUUAGAGCCAUUUCAUCUCAUCUGGGUGAAUGCUGUGAUUCAUAUCCUUGGUUUUUCAAUGAUUUUGAUGGAGCUACCCAAGAAAAGAACUAUAUCGCUCAAGGCGAAGGUCAUGUGCCCGAACAUUGCGCGUAAGGUCUUGUGCCAGGUUCUUCUUCUGCUGAGUUUAGGGUUUAUUCCAAAACCGAUACUGGGCUCGAACGAGGAUAUUCAGGAAGUUAUGACACUGAAUAUUUUCACCAUGUUCCAGGUUUUCUACAUGUUCCAGAUCAUGGAAUUUUCAGAUAUAGAAGUUCUUAAAGUUGCUGUUAGGAACUACAGUUUUUUAGCAACAGUUGGAAUUACGAUGGUCUUCCAUGGAAUUAUCAUAAAUUGCACUGAGAACUUGAGUUUUCUGAAUUGGACAGUCUGUUUCCUGCUUGUGUUGCUUUUGUGGGUUCUCGAUUCGACUCUGAAGUUCGUCGCAGAAGCACUUUACAGACUAUAUGAUCAAAUUCAAAUUUGUAUUGCAGUAAUUUUAGUGUUGUAUUUUAUAAUAUUGUAA